AUGGCAUUGGACUCUUAUUCUGCAAAGCACACUUGGGAGUUCCUACGGCCGCGAGGUCAGAAGCAAGAUUGGGCAGAUAAGGUCUGGUUCAAAGGCCACAUUCCGAGCCAUGCUUUCAUGAUGUGGGUAGCACAGCUGGACAGACUACCAACAAGAUCUCGUCUAGCAUCUUGGGGUCUCCAAAUUGAUACAUGCUGUUGUGUCUGCAACCACUACCACGAAACAAGAGAUCACAUUUUUCUUAGGUGCACAUAUGCUGAGCAGCUUUGGAAGCUGGCGCUUAAGAGGUUGGGAUACAGACCGGUACUCUUUCACACUUGGGAGGCUCUUCUCUCUUGGACGAGUCUGAGAGUCAACCACUGUCCCUCUACCCUUCGCAAAUUAACAGUCCAAGCAGUGAUCUACAGGUUGUGGCGCGAAAGGAAUCAACGCCUCCACAACGGACCGUCAACACCGCCGCAAGUUUGUUUCAAAGAGAUUGAUAGACUGAUCAGGAAUGCAAUAUUGGCAAGGAAGAACCGCAGAAACUUUAGACACCUAAUGGGAACCUGGUUGAUGCAUGAAUAA